CUCAACUCCUUUUUGGUCUAAGGGAUAAAAGAGCCUUCCUGGUGCCACGUCACCUCCUUCUCUUCUUCUUCCUCACUAAAAUGAUUCAUUUUCUCGUCAAUCUUCUCCAUUUUUUCUCACCACCAACCAAAUUCGUGGAAAUAUAUUUUCCCGCUGGUUUUUAGUAAAAGCUUCAUGUAAAUGGCGGUUAAAAUACAGAGACCUGGUCUUCCAUCGUCAAGCUCUUCAAAACCAUGUCAGCCUCGGAUGUCCGUUGUAACGUUUAUAUCCUGCAAAAACACUGUACGUUCGGAUUGGUUAUCAAAUCGCUGGAGCAAUCACAGGAGCCAGUUGUUAGUAAGAAGAUAUGGUUUUGUCGAGAGGAGCAGGAGUUGUCUUAAUAAGAAGAAAUCACGGAGAUUUCUCCUUGCAUCUGCUGAAGAUGGAGGAGUGGCCGUUAAUGGAAGUCCAUUGUCAAGAUCCGGCGGUGAUUUCGGUGAGAUGAGGGCUAAACUCGCCGGAUCAUUACAAGACGAAAACUACUGUAUUGGACUCAUCCAGUCUCUGCACGAUGCUGCAAGAACUCUUGAGUUUGCAGUAAGAGAGAAGGUUACUCCGUCCAGAUUUUCGUGGUUUCAAGCUAACUGGCUGGGUGAUGAUAGAAACGCAUGGGUCAAGACUCUUUCUUAUCAGGCUUCUCUUUACUCCUUACUACAAGCUGUGAAUGAGAUUUCAUCUAGAGGAAAUAACAGAGACGAGGAUGUUAACGUCUUUGUUCAAAGAAGCUUAUCACGCCAAGCUUCUCCCCUUGAGAGUAUGAUGCGGGAGAAUCUAUCUUCCAAACAUCCUGAAGCAUAUGAAUGGUUUUGGUCUGAGCAAGUUCCUUCUGUAGUGACGUCUUUUGUGAAUUAUAUUGAAGGGGAUCAACGAUUUCUUGCUGCCACUUCUGUCUAUGCGAAAGGAAAGUCAGCUGCAAGUAAUGAGAUCGAGGUGUCACUUCUCAUGCUUGUGCUCCAUUGCAUUGCAGCAAUCACGAAACUUGGCCCGGCAAAAUUUUCCUGCCCGCCAUUCUUUUCUUUGGUUCCAGAUACAGCUGGAAGAUUGAUGGAGAAAUUUGUAGACUUCGUUCCACUGCCUCAAGCCUAUCAUUCAAUCAAAGGCAUAGGCCUACAAAGAGAAUUUCUUACUCAUUUUGGUCCUCGCGCAGCAUUGGGCAGAGUAAAAGGUGACUUUGCUGCAGAUGAAGUUGUUUUCUGGGUCGAUCUUAUGCAGAAACAACUGCAGCGGGCUAUAGAUCGGGAGAAAAUAUGGUCGAGGUUAACAACAUCCGAAAGUAUAGAGGUUUUGGAGAGGGAUCUAGCGAUUUUUGGAUUCUUCAUUGCCUUAGGCAGGAGCACGCAGUCCUAUUUAGCUGCAAAUGGUUUUCAUUCUCUGGAGAAUCCUUUGGAAGACCUUGUUAGGCAUCUAAUCGGAGGCAGCGUCCUGUACUAUCCUCAACUCUCAGCCAUCAGUUCGUACCAACUGUUUGUAGAGGUUGUUUGUGAAGAACUAGAAUGGAUUCCUUUCUAUCCAAACGAUACUGGCGCACAGCCUCCAAAACAAUCGCAUGGGCAUAGGAGCAAACCAGAAGGGCCACCUAAUUAUGAAGCUAUUCCCCAAGUGCUGGAUGUUUGCUCUUAUUGGCUACAGAGCUUUAUCAAACAUAGUAAAUGGCCAGAGAAUCCUUCUAAUGUCAAGGCAGCAAAAUUCUUAUCCAAGGGGCACAAGUGUGUGAUCCGGUGCAAGGAAGAACUGGCUAUAUCAAAGAAUGCGUCAUCAACUGUUAGAGAGUCGGAUUCAUUUGACAAGGCCUUAGAAAGUGUAGAUGAAACCCUCGUGAGACUGGAAAGCCUGCUACAGGAGUUGUAUGUAUCAAACUCAUCGUCUGGAAAGGAACAAAUAAAAGCCGCUUGCUCUGACCUAGAGAAAAUAAGGAAGCUUAAGAAAGAGGCUGAAUUUUUGGAGGCAACUUUCAGAGCCAAAACAGCUUCCUUGCAACAGGGAGGUGACAAAAAUGAUUCUCAGGAAUCCUACAAGGUACAAAAACGGUAUUUUAAAGGGAAUGGCACAAAGAAUGCAAGUAGUUCUGAAGAUCAAGGCAAAAAUAUGAGUCGUGGAUUCUGGGGAUUCUUUGUGCGGUCUCCAAAGAGUAAGCCUGAUCCUGAGUUAUCGGGAGAUGAAUAUAUUGGGGAACCCAGUGGAAACUUACUUAGCAUGAACUCGGAGACAAAUGAGAUUAGUCGGUUCGAAAUUUUAAGGAACGAACUGAUAGAACUGGAAAUGCGAGUCAAAAGAAGCACUGAUCAGUCAACAGAUGAUGAGGAGAGAAUCUCUGAGGAUCCUCCUCAAUUAAUCAGUAGAACGAAAGGCGGUCAGUUGAUUCAGAUUCCAAAGAAGGAAAACAUAAUCGAGAAAACUCUUCACAAGCUAAGAGAGGCCUCAACGGACGUGUGGCAAGGUACUCAGCUUCUUGCCAUUGAUUCAGCAGCUGCUGUGAAGCUACUUCGGAGGUCUUUGAUUGGUGAUGAAUUAACAGAAAAAGAAAAGAAAGCUCUGCGCAGAACCAUGACCGACUUGGCAUCAGUUAUUCCCAUUGGUAUUCUUAUGCUUCUUCCUGUAACAGCGGUUGGUCACGCAGCUAUGCUUGCUGCAAUUCAGAGAUAUGUCCCAGGCCUGAUUCCUUCCACAUACGGGCCAGAAAGGUUGAACCUGUUGAGACAGCUUGAGAAAGUCAAGGAACUGCAAACAAAUGAGACUGAUUCCGAAGAAGGCAUCGAGGAAAUAGCAUCUGACUAGAAGGAAGCGAUAUAUUACUUCUCUUUUCAAUUUGUUCGGUAAUUCAUCGCCAAUAGCUGCGCGUAGAGAAUCUCGUUCCAUGUGUCAGGUACACCGGGUAAGCACCAGUGACUGCAAUCCUGAGGAGCAUCGGUAGGAGUUCCCGGUUCUCGAUACCGCGAAGGAUGAGCAUCUUUCCUGAACUCGGUCAGAUAUGUAAUGUUCAGAAACUCAACCUUACUAUGUUCAUAUCUCAUUUCUUGUAUUACUUCAGAUAUAUAAUUGUUAUGGAUAGGGUCAGGUUCCAUCUUCUUCAUAUCAAUCUCUGGCUCUGUAUCUGCAUCACACAAACCACCCAAGUUCCAUGUCCCAUUCCUGUAAUGCACAGGAGAAAAGCUUCUGAAGAAGACAUGGCUACUCUCAGAAUCUAGUCUCUCUAAAACCCAUGACUUCCAUGUCUUUAAAGACUUUCCAAAUCCCUCCAUUACUCCCAUCGUCUUGUUCAGUUUCCCUCCCUCCUGAAGAAGAUUAUUACGAGCCAAAGGUCUUGUCUUCGUUCCACCAAUGUCCUGUAUUGAAGACUAGAACAUCAGACCCGGCCCAUCUUUUCGACUGCCAGUUAAACUCGUCGACUCUAAUCGUCAUUUUAACAUCUUCCGGUGCGUUCUCAGGUGGCCGAGCAACCACGACCAGAAACGGGGUUCUAUGAUAUUCGACGGUUAGGUUUUGUGCCGGAAAUCUCAUCGAAAGGAAUCCCUUAUGCUUGCUUAUAGGGUUUCCGUUUACUUCAUAUAUCUCAGAUUUAUUAGACACAGCUUGUGAAAGCAUACACAAAAGAGAUUCCCAUUGAUUUCUUCCGAUGGAAUCUCCGACGAACACAAUCCUCCCGUUCCGGCUCCUCUCCAGGAAAUCACUUGCGUUGAAUCUUGGAAGAUCGCAGCCAUGUGGUUGCCAACGCCAUUGUCGAAAACCAGAAUCUUUUCUUCCGUUAUUCAGACAACGAAAACCAGGAUCCAGAAACCGACACUCUUCUCCGUAAGAGGUUUCGUCCACGUCACGGCGUUGUCUACGAACCCAUCUUCCGUUUGAAUAGUCACAUACGUCGUCGUUUCUUCCUUCCUUCGAUAUGUUUCUCCAUGACGAUAAGAAUCCGAAACAGAGAUGAGGCUCGAUGCCGGCAAGAUCGACGACGAUAACGGAGAUGAUUAGGAAGCUGAUGAGAAGAGAGAAUACGAAGAAUAUAUGUUUCUUGUUCUUGAAGGUUAAGAAGAAAGGAGAUGGAGAUAAAGAGAAGAGCUGCUUCAGAGAAUUCGAUUCUUGAUGAUGAUCCAUGUCGCAUAAGAUCUCUCUCUCUUCUCUCUGUGUAAAAGAAGAGACGUGAAAAUUGUGAACAUACGAUCUUCUUUUGCCAGAGAGGAAAGUAAAUAAUAAAUAUAUAUGUUUCGACAAAAGCAAUAAAUUCGUAAUUAAUUAUUAAUAGAUCUCCACUAUCAAUUCAUCCAUGUGACAGACACAAACUAUUGAUAGAUGCAUCCCACAAAAUCAAUUAACGUAUAAUAAAAGAAGUUUCCUCCCAUGUUAGCUUCUUCAUAUUUAAGAUGGAAACAACUGUCAAUUUCCCAAGAUUUUAAAAGUUAAAACUAUAUUUUUUCAUCUGAAGUAUAAAAAAAUAAAACUUAUCAGUUUGAUGAUUUUCUUCUAGCAAUCAACGCGGGUAGC